AUGCGUUUUAUGGCAGGCCCUGCAGGGAGCCAGAAUCUGGGUCCCAUGUGCUUCCACAGCAGCCUCCAAGCCCUGUACACCGUCCUCUUAAUAGUGCUGGUUAUGAUGAGCUUGGCGUUUGGUAAGUUUGUUCCUGUCAAUUGGGAACCCCCUCAUCCACUUCCAUUCCCCAAAUACCUGCGCUGCUACCGAUGCCUCUUGGAGACCAAGGAGUUAGGGUGCCUUCUGGGAUCUGACAUCUGCCUCACCCCGGCUGGCAGCAGCUGCAUCACUCUCCACAUAAAGAACAGCAGCAAUUCUGAUGUCAUGGUGAGUGACUGCCGAAGGAAGGAGCAGAUGAGUGAUUGUUCAAAUACCCGAAUUUCUCCAGUGUCUGGCUUCUGGAUAUUCUCUCAAUGCUGCUUCCUGGAUUUCUGCAAUGACCCUCAAAACAGAGGGCACUAUAUUUCUUAGUGUGACUGCAACAACCUUUGGUGUAAAAUUCUACCAGUUUCCAGCCACCUUCCUGACUUCUAUCUGGGCUUGGCCAGGACUUCUAGUCCCUCAUACCAGCCCUCCUUGGCUCCCUCCAGUCAGUGGACCCCAGCCUUGGCUCUUCCUCUUGGUUGGCACCCUUCAGCACCCUUACUCCCACUCUGCACCCCCAGCCCCACCGCCCACCAGGUUUCCUCUCUUGUCCUUAGUCCCUGGAUGUUUCUCCCAAAUAAAUUUGUGUGCAAACUGUU